AUGAAUCUCACCGUUCGACGCCUCACACCAGUUCCUCCGUACGCAUCGGUUCUUUGUGAUGAUGAACUUCAUGUGAGUUAUCCCUGCCUAUCUUUCUCCUCUAGAUUCAUAAAAUCCUGCAGUUUGUGAUGUAGUUUAGAAGGUUUGUCUUAUGUUGUUUGAGUUAAAUACAUUCCGUGUAGCUUGUGCAGACCAUUCCUAAAACCAUGCUGUCCGUCGGCGGCCCCUACAAACUUCAACCAAGGUAGAGUAGCGUGUUUUAGUGGUAGACUUUUUCAACGGUUUCCCGUCUUUUCCUUUUUUCCUUAUACUUUCUGCUCCGAAUUUUGAUGACUUUCUCGACCCGAGUUUAAUCGCCGACUCUCGUUGCCGCCCCUUUCAUCGACCCACCCAUCAAUUGCCGCUGGCUAUAAAAGCAAAGCGAGGCAGUCACAUUGCUCAACUCAACAGUUACAUUCAAUUGUAUCAUCAGCUUUUCAACUGCGCCUAAGUUUGCUGCAAAAAUGGCCUCAAGAUUUGUUCAACUCUUGGCUUUCUUCAUGCUUGUUCUCAGUGUCUACAGUCUCCACGAUGGCAUGACCACAGGCACCAUCCUUGCCGGAUAUGGCGGUAACUUGGAUAACGGAAUGUUCUACAACUACAACGCCCAGGUUGCCCAGAACAGUGUCCAAUAUCAGCCCUACUACGGUAAUGGCUUCUUCGGUUAG